GGCGUGUGCCCCGUGACGCAGUGGUCGGGACCUUCCUAGCGCCGCCUUCGGCCCCGCGCGCGGUUACCCUGUGCUGGAAGUAGGGGGCCGGAGCGAUAUGGCCGCCGGCCGGAGCCGCGGGGAGCGGGAGCCGCUGCUGAGCCCGGCCGGGGACGGGCCGCUAGAGGAAGGGGAGGGCAGAUACAGAGACAUUGUGGAAACCCAGCAGCAUUAUAAGAGUAGAUGGCGUUCCAUUUGGGUGAUGUACAUAACCAUGUUUCUCAGUAGCAUAGGUUUUUCAAUUGUAAUUAUGUCAAUAUGGCCAUAUCUCCAAAAGAUUGAUCUGACAGCAGAUGCAAGUUUCUUGGGCUGGGUUAUUGCAUCAUACAGCAUUGGUCAAAUGGUAGCCUCUCCCCUGUUUGGUUUAUGGUCCAAUUACAGACCAAAAAGAGAACCUCUUGUUGUUUCAUCUGCUAUUUCAGUAGCUGCUAACUGCCUUUAUGCUUAUGUCCAUGUACCUGCUUCACACAACAAAUUCUACAUGCUAGUUGCUCGUGCCCUCGUGGGGUUUGGAGCAGGUAACGUAGCAGUAGUUCGAUCAUACAUUGCCAGUGCUACUUCUCUUACAGAAAGAACUAGUGCUAUGGCCAACACUAGUGCUUGCCAAGCUUUAGGCUUCAUACUAGGACCAGUUUUUCAGACCUGCUUUACUCUUAUGGGAGAAAAAGGAGUAACGUGGAAAAUUAUUCAUCUCCAGCUGAACAUGUAUACAGCACCAGUUCUGUUGGGAGCUCUUCUUGGGGUUAUUAAUAUUAUUUUAAUCUUUGCCGUAUUCAGAGAACAUCAAGUGGAUGACAUGGGAAGGCAAUGUAAAAGCAUCAAUUUUGAAGUGGAAGAAAGUGAAGAUGUGAGUCAGGACAUUCAAGGAAACAUUGACCAUGUUGCUAUAGUAGCAAUCAACUUUAUUUUUUUCGUCAUCUUGUUUGGUUUUGCCAUUUUCGAAACAAUAGCUACUCCAUUGACAAUGGAUAUGUAUUCCUGGCCCAGGAAAGAAGCUGUUUUUUAUAAUGGAAUAAUCCUUGGUGGAGUGGGCAUUGAAUCAAUCAUUGUCUUCAUGGUGGUUAAAAUAAUUUCUAAAAAGACUGGUGAGCGUGCACUACUCCAUGGAGGCCUAAUAAUUGUCUUGGUUGGAUUCUUUAUUUUAUUACCUUGGGGGAAAAAAUUACCAAAUAUCCAAUGGCAAGAUAUAAAGAAUAAUUCCAUUCCAAGAGCAACCUUCAGUGAAAUGUUUACACCUUUAUGGAAUACGCAAACAAUGCAGCUACCAUUCAAUCACACAGAAGAGCCAACGGGAUGUCCUGUUGUGCAGUCCUGGUGCCUGUACACACCUGUGAUCUAUCUCUCACAGUAUAUCGCCUCUGAUGUACUGAUAGGGUUGGGCUACCCAGCCUGUCAUGUUAUGUCCUAUACGUUAUACUCAAAAAUUCUCGGACCAAAACCCCAGGGUGUCUAUAUGGGCUGGCUAACUGCUUCUGGAAGUGGAGCACGCAUUCUUGGGCCAGUGUUUGUGAGCCAGAUAUACACUUACUUUGGACCACGUUGGGCAUUCAGCUUGAUUUGUGGAAUAAUUGUUCUCUCUCUCUCACUUUUGGAAGUAGUAUACAAAAGACUUAUUGCAUUUUCAGUCAGAUAUGGGAGAAUGUAAGAGUAGAAUUUUAGCUGUGUGUAAGGGAAAACCACAAAAAUACUUAUUUAUUUUUAACAAGGGGUGCCUAAACCCAGAGCCUUGUUGGCAGCAUACUAGAAAGUAUAGAGCUGUUUUUCCAGUCAAGCGAUGAGAUUUAUGAAGAAUGCAUAUUCUAACAUGUACUGUUCCUUGAUUAAUGGAAGUUACACCUGCUGCCUCUAAUACUAGGAAGAAGGAUAGGGACAUGAUCUAUCAAGAGUAAUGCAUAUUAGAGUAAUAUAGGCUGGAUAGGUGUUACACCCAUCUACAAAAGAACUAUGAAGGCUAUGCUUCAGGUACACCCUUUUUAAAAAGAAAUAAAUGUUGCCUUGAUUCUAUGAAUCAGGAUUAUUCAAAAUCUUUUUUGCAACUACAAAGUUGAUUGAGCUUUCUGUGCAUUCUUUAAGAAACCAUCUACCUCUUAAGUGAAUAUUUUAAUUUUUUCAACAGGCUAAUCAACAGCUAACAAGCAAAAAUUUUCUAAGACACUCAUCACUUGUGUAAUAGAUAAUUUAAAACUAGAAAAAUCGAGCUUAUCUGAGACUUCAAAAGGAAUAUAUUUACUAAGGUUAGAAUUUGGAAAGGAGUUUAGAGGACAAGCUCUCAGUGCAUUUUUAUGGGAUUUGGGUGUUUAACUUUCAUUGAUUCCUCAGUGGAAGAAAAUACCAGCCUAGAAUGAGUGCUGCUUGAAAACUAUGUUUCCAUGAAUGAUAUGCCAGUUGAUUUUUACAUGAGCAACAGCAGUUGAAGUAGCAGGACCAUUAACUACCAAUCCCAAAUGCCACCUUUACCUAAUUGAACAGGAAAAAGACAAAGCAUCACUUUUACUAGUAUUCUGAUUCCUUUGUUAUGAAGAAUAGCAGUCCUCUUUUGUAGAAGCAGGCACACUACCACUGAACCAGUAGUGCUAAAAUUCCUCAUUCAUUCUGUAUAAUUAGAGUGCAAGGCACUUAAUGUUGCAGAUCAUGUAUUAAGUCUAAGCAUGUACAUGUAAUUAUAAAUAAUAGUAAGAAUGUGGGGAAAAAAGAGAUUGAAUUCACUAACAAUUUUUUUAUAAUUAUAAGGUAUGUGUAAUGUUUGUAUUGCAAAAACAAGAGAGAACAUCCCUUUUCUGUUCAUAUUUUUGAAGCAACUAUAACCUAAAACCUGUAAUUGCUGUUUAGCACAUCUUAAGAAUUGAUCAUAUUUUUAAUAGCACUAAACUCUGUAUAUUAUGCAACCUGUAAUUUAAGUAUUUGUCGUUAAGUUCUCAUAUUUAAAUGACUACUGAAGUAAAAAGUUAAUUUUCAAAUACUGACUAAAAGUAAUAUCAAGUCUUCUGUUUUUGCCCCUCAGGACUUUAAGCUAUAGAAGCAGAAGCACUUAAUAUACAGAGAAGCGAUAUUUGCUUUCAUAUUAUAGCAUGCGGUCUUAACUUUACUUAAGCUAAUAUUAAAAUAUUUGUAUUCAAAUGAUUGAUGUAAAACAGUAUUAUAAUGCAAAUCUCCUUGUUGCUUAAAGCCAGAACACAUUCUAGUAAUCUUUGUGACCAAAGUUAAAGUCAAAUAGUUUUCCAAAAUGACUAUUGAUAAUGGUACACAUGAAUUAAUUUGUCUUCUAGAAGUUGGUUCUAGGGCUUGCAUUAUGGCUAGUAAGUUAUAUAUUACAUAUGCUUCAGUGCUGUAAGUUGGCUCUUAAAAAAUGAAGGACACGUAAGUAUAUAAUUUGCUGUGAUGCAAACCCAUGGAAGGGUCUUUUUACUAGAACAGUAGACAGAUUAGUUUUUUUAGAACAUAUGCUUUCUAAAAUGAAGGCUAUUGCAGUUUCAUUUAACAGCUGUAGGAGACUGAUCUACUGUGUUAAAGAAAAAGCUAAAAGCAACCUGAGCUAGCCAAAGCAACUAAACCAGAAAAUUAAGAUAGCCAAGGGUCAAGUUGUUUAGAUCUGAAAAGUGGUUAAAAAUAAACAGAUGGAGAGGCUGAGUACUAGCCUUCUUCCCUUUUCAGUCUGAAUCAAGCACAGAGUAAAUUUUAAAAAAUGAAGAAUAAAACAAUGCUAAAUUAAGACGUCUGAAAGCAUGAUGAGCCAUAGUAUGCAUAGGGAUUCUUAUUCCCAAGUAAAUUAUUACUACCAAAAGGAGUGACAUAGUGAACCAAUGAGGAAAGAUAUUGUUCUAGAAUUACAUUUUAAACCCCUUUGCCCUGAUCUCAAAACAUCAGAUGCCAUUCAUUGAUCAUGAAAACCUUACAGGAUGAAGAGCAUAGGGGCAGUAAUAGGGUCUAGGAAAUGCUAUUUCUUCUAGGGAUAAUUAUUACAAAUGUGUAUAUAAAAACCAAAGUAUUCAUGGCUUCAAUUUCACUUGAAAUUAAAAAAAAUAGAUAACGUUUUACAUAAAUGGAUACAAAUAUGAGACUCAAAUCUCUCCUGGCUAACAUGCUUGCAAACAUUUUCUAAUCGGAAGGUUAUAAAGUUUGUGUUUCUUCGUUCAGGUCAACUAUACAAACAUUUAAAAGAGGAUCAGGCCUUUUAGUUUAAAAUACAGCUAGACUUAUUGCUAGCCACAUUGCUCCUUUGUGUAUAGUUAGCUACAGAAAGUAGCGUGAAUUAACGAGAGGUGCACCGAUAUAGAUCAGCCCAUAUUAUAUUGGCACCAAUAAAAGGAAAAUUGACAUUAGCAGUCAGCUUUUUUGGCCGGUAUGGCUAAUGUUGUUGAUGCCACAUGCGCGCACGUACCUGCAGCAUGCAUGCAGCCAGGAGUGCAGUCCAACAGCGUGAAGAGCAGCCUCCUGGCAGUAAGUUUGAGGGCGGUAGGGAGCAGAUCAAAGGCCCCUACGAUGAGGGAGGGAGUGGGGCUGGGGCAGGGGCAGGCACUGCCCAGGUGGGGCAGGGCAUGGGACAGACCUGCAGGCAGCUUGUUUGAAGGGUGCAGAGGGGAACAGCUCCUGGCUGCUGCAUGCACCACCAGGAAGGCAUGCAUGGUAUGUGCUCCCAGGAUCUGUGCACAGGGUGAGGGCAGGCUGCUUGCUUGAGCCUGGGGGCUAUGCCAGCCUCUUCCUGGCACGGAGGCUGCACUUGGGGCAGGCAGUAGUGAAUUUUGGAGUGCCUGAACCCCUACCCCCCCAGGCUGCAGUUUGUCCCAAGCACAGCCCUGGUCUAACCCCCACGAGGAAGAGGCCGCAGCAAGCAGCCCACCUUUGCCCUGCACACAAAUUCAGGGGAGCACAUGCCCCCCAUGCUUCCCCACAGGGGCAUGCACAAUGGUGGGAGCCAUCUGUCCCCCCUGCCCCAGCUGUGCAACACCUGCCCCAGCCCUACUCCCUUAACAUCAGUGCCUCAAUCUGUCCCCAACUCCCCCCUGCCAGAUUUACUGGCUGGACACGGCUCUCCAAGCUGCCAGGCUGCAUAUCAGAUCAAUAUUGGCCAGUAUGGUUGGUUAAUAAUCACCUGUUGGUAUGGGCUAAAAAAAAUCUUUAUUAGUACAACCCUAGCAUUAACUACACUGGCCUGGCAGAUUAUUUAAGCUCAGUGAAUCUUCAUUUUUAGAGACCAAAUUAAUUAGAUACACAUUUAGCGCAGUCAGGUCAGUUAGUUUUCUCUAUUUUGUUCUGCCCCACGGACUACCAGGGCCUAAUACAGUACAAAGCAAGAAUGAAUAGGAUUACUUAAGACCACUUAGUAUAGAGGUUGCAAAAAAAAUAAAUAAUAAUAAUAAUAAUAAAAAAAAAUCAACAACUUGA